AUGUUCAACGAAGGCAAUUCCAACGCUAAGGAAAUGGCCUCACUAUGUGACGAAGAGCUCACUGAGUUCCUAAAUAUGGACGACAACGACAAUGAUGACGUUAAACUAAUUAUGGAAAAACCGAUUCCUAAAAAGAAACAAAAUCCUAAGUCUCCUAAGAAGACCAAGAAGAACGCAAAGGAACAAGCCCUUGCCAAGGCUGACAACUAA